AGCGCAUCACGCUCAAACAGAGGAGAGGGAGAGCAGCACGAAGAGAGAUAUUUAUAACCUGAAGCCAGGCUGCAGCACUGAGAUAAGGCUUGGGACCAAGCCGCAGGCAGGAAAGCAGGCAGACAGACACGGCUUAGGGAAACGAGGACACGACAAGAUGAAACCUUUUUUUGCGGUAGUUUUACUCGGGGCUGCGGCGGUCGCCCUCGUCAGCUCGGCGGGUACCGAGGGGGAGAUCUCCUUCGAGUACCACCGCUACGAGGAGCUGCGAAAAGCGCUGGUGUCGGUGUGGCUGCAGUGCCCGACCAUCACCCGCAUCUACACCAUCGGGGAGAGCUUCGAGGGCCGCGAGCUGCUGGUGCUGGAGAUGUCCGACAACCCCGGGACGCACGAGCCUGGUGAGCCUGAGUUCAAAUACAUCGCCAACAUGCACGGCAACGAGGCGGUGGGCAGAGAGCUGCUCAUCUACCUGGCCCAGUACCUGUGCAACCAGUACCAGCAGGGCAACGAGACCAUCAUCGACCUCGUCCACAACACCCGCAUCCACCUCAUGCCCUCAAUGAACCCAGACGGCUUUGAGAAGGCUGCCUCACAGCCCGGAGAGAUCAAGGACUGGUUUGUGGGCCGCAGUAACGCGCAGGGGGUGGAUCUAAACCGCAACUUCCCCGAUCUGGACCGCAUCAUCUACAUCAACGAGCGAGAGGGCGGAGCCAACAACCACCUGCUACAGAACAUGAAGAAGGCUGUGGAUGAAAACACCAAGCUGGCUCCAGAGACCAAGGCAGUGAUCCACUGGAUCAUGGACAUUCCUUUUGUCCUCUCAGCCAACCUGCAUGGAGGAGACGUCGUGGCCAACUACCCAUAUGAUGAAACCCGCACUGGCUCCACACAUGAGUACAGCGCCAGUCCAGAUGAUGUGAUGUUCAAGUCUCUGGCAAAGGCCUACUCCAUUUACAACCCAGUGAUGUCUGACCAACAGCGAAAACCCUGCCGUAAGAACGACGAUGACUCCAGCUUCAAAGAUGGGAUCACUAAUGGAGGCGCCUGGUACAGUGUGCCAGGAGGAAUGCAGGAUUUCAACUACCUCAGCAGCAACUGUUUUGAGAUCACUCUGGAGCUUAGCUGUGACAAGUUCCCCAAUGAGGACUCACUCAAGAGCUACUGGGAGCAGAACCGCAACUCACUCGUCAGCUACAUCGAGCAGGUCCACCGUGGUGUCAAGGGCUUUGUGCGUGACCUGCAGGGCAACCCAAUCUCCAACGCAUCCAUCUCUGUGGAGGGGAUCGACCAUGACAUCACCACAGCCAAAGAUGGAGAUUAUUGGCGCCUUCUGGCUCCAGGAAAUUACAAAGUGGCAGCCACUGCCCCAGGAUACCUGACUGUCAUCAAGAAGGUGGCUGUUCCCUUCACUCCUGCUACCAGGGUGGACUUUGAGCUGGAGUCUCUGAUGGAGAGGAAGGAGGAGGAGCGGGAGGAGCUGAUGGACUGGUGGAAGAUGAUGUCAGAGACACUGAACUUCUAAAUAAGCUUUUGUCUGGUUUAUGAUUGGGUCCGUCUGCACAUCUAUGUAAUAUAUUCAACAUUCAGUGUGCCCGUCUGCUAUAAAAAGAAUAUAUUGUCUAUAAUUUGUUUUGUUCUCUUUCACUCAUUAUUUUAAUUGAUUAUAUUGUUUAUAAAUGUAAUGGUUUGCCUCAUACUCCUGUAGAUUGUUCGAAUAUCCACAGACGUAUGCUGACGGACACAGGAGAAACUUACUGGUAGUUCUGUGGUAUUGUGUUCUUUAUUGUACAUGUGAUUGGUAACCAUGGCACCCACUUGUAUAACCAACGAUUGACUGAGUAAUAUGUGUGUAAAAGAGCUUUUUACAUCACUUCCACGUGGCUCUUCAAAAAAAAAGUAUUUUUUAUUGUUUUAACCUCUCUGUUUCUCCAGACUAUAGUCCAAUUUAAAAGAACACAACUAAUAUAGCACACACCAAAUUCACAAUAAAAUGCGCACGAACACACACACACACACACACACACACACACACACACACACACACACACACACACACACACACUAUAGUUUGAGAUAAUCCAUGACAAUAAAAAUACUGUAAAAUCAUUGUUAACAUUGUAAUCAGUCUAUACAGACAAGCUCAUUUUCCUGUAUGUUAUUGAUGUUGUUUUUUUAACUGACUGCAGCACAGCUUUGAGUUUAGCACAAGAUGAAUGGUUAUAAUAUAUACAGUACUGUAUUUAUCAAAUACUAAGUAUAGCAAGAACUGUGUGGUUUUUGUAUCUAAAAGAAAAAAAAUCGAAGAAAAUAAGGCCAUGAUACCAAUAAAUCUGUCCACCUCAGUCAACCCAAAGCCAUUCCUUUGUAUUUGUGCACUACACAGAAAUAACUUUAGGUGAUGGAAAGAACUGUGGUACAUGAUGAAGUUGUUUUUCAAAUAUAACUUAACACUAUCUUCCAAGAUUGGACCGUGUGGAUGCAGUUCAUCUGGUUUGAGACGACAAGAAUUUAAUGAAUGUAUAGCUAUAGAAACCGUUACAAAUAGAAAGAAUAAACUGAUCAAUAAAAAUCCCCUCUUUAUGUUGUCA